AUAUUUUAAAUUAUAUUAAAUUUUGAAUCUUUCAUCGUGUUUUAUGUGCUAGAUUGGAGUAUUGGACAUCGACAUUUGUGGACCAUCACAACCAAGAGUACUUGGAGUACUUGGUGAACAAGUUCAUCAGAGUGGAUCAGGAUGGUCGCCUGUAUAUAUUGAGGAUAACUUGUCAUUGAUGUCAAUUGGAUUUUUGCUUAGCAGUCCUAAUGAUGCUGUUAUAUGGAGAGGACCAAAGAAGAAUGGUAUGAUCAGGCAAUUUUUGUCGGAAGUCGACUGGGGUACUUUAGAUUAUCUUAUACUGGAUACACCGCCUGGUACAUCGGACGAGCACUUGUCAGCCACAUCUUACCUCAAAGAUACCGGCAUUACGGGUGCUAUAAUCAUUACGACACCACCACAGGUUGCUCUUUUAGAUGUCAGGAAGGAAAUAGAUUUUUGUAGAAAAGUAAACAUUCCAAUCUUAGGUGUAAUUGAGAACAUGAGUAUCUUUGUAUGUCCUAAAUGCAAGAAUACUGCAGAAAUAUUCCCAGCUUCGACAGGUGGUGCACAAGCAAUGUCAAAGGAAUUGAAUGUAGAAUUCUUAGGCUCAAUACCUUUGGACCCAUUGCUAGCCAGAUGUUGUGAUGAGGGUAAAAAUUUUUUGACAGAAAUGUCGGAUUCACCAACCAUUAAUGCUUUAAACAAAAUUUGCAAACGUAUUGUUCAAAAAUGUGAAGAGGAAAAAGAGAACUGUCCUAAUAAUUACAUACAAAAUAUGUAAAUACAUUUUUUGUACAAAAAUCUAUAUGUAAAUGUAUCAAUAUGUUGCUGAUUAAAAUUUAUAACAAAAAC